AUGAAUGUGAAGGAUAUCCGUGGCUGUCUUCAAGCUGGCGCCCAACGAGUCAGUAUUGAUUUUACCGAGGGCAGCUUGGCGCUAAAGAAUGAUCUUUCCAAUCCUUGGACCGGCGCUGCAUUACUCGACCGCUUCAUUGACCUUAUUAACCACGUCUUGGCGCGUUUUUUGCCCGAGGAGAGAGCGAAUAUCGGUCUUCACACAUGCCCAGGCGGUGAUUGCGACAGCGUACACUCUGCUGAGGUUCCGUACAGUCAACUGCUACCCAGUCUCUUUGAAAUUAAUGCUGGCUACUUCCUUAUCCAGUUUUCGAGUGAGCAAGACCGGGAUUCCAUGUAUAGGAUUAUCGGGGAGUCAAUUCGCCAGGAUGCCGAGGGUGCAGAGCAGGUUGCUUUCAUCGGAGUCGUCAGCCCUAUUCACCCGAGGGUUGAGACACCCGAGGAGAUUGCGGACCAGCUGGUCAUGGCCUCCCAGUAUAUUCCUACUGAUGAGCUGGGUGCUACGGAUGAUUGUGGCUUCUCACCUUUCUCCAUCGAUGUGAAGCCAAAGCAUGGAAGCCCAGACUUGGCGAGAGACAUUGCGUUCCAAAAAAUAACCAACAGAGUUCAGGGGGCCCAAGACGGCCAGUGA